CUACGUCUGUCAACAUGAGUGGGCACGGUUGGGCAGCGAAGCAGCUGGAUGGACGCGAGCGGUGACCUGCAGAUCUUGUACAUCUUUUAUACACGGACGAGCCGCCUUUGCAUGUUUAACACUAUGGCUGUGUGGGUGCCUGAAGCAGGAGAAUGAGUCCGCGCUUUGAGGGGAGACUAUGCCACCAUCCUUCACCGGAGACUGUUCGGUUUAACAUAUCGAUUAGCUGACCAGCAACUGCUUGGUAGGAAUAGUGAAGUCUGUGUGAGAAGCUACUGCUAUCGGCUGUAUUAGCUACCAGCUCUUCUGGCCAAUGGAAGCUGUAAGCGGUGUCAACAUGCCGUCCCAGCUCGCUGACAUGGCACUAGCAGGUCCAGGAGGAGCAGGGCUGCAAGCUGUGCCCCUCACCAACACGUCGGCCCCCUCCAGCACGACACCAGGUACUGAUACCAGAGGGUGCGAGAAUGGUGCUUUGAUGGACUCGUUUGGGAUUUUCCUGCAAGGUCUCCUCGCUGUGGUGGCUUUCAGCACGCUGAUGUUGAAACGCUUCAGGGAGCCGAAACACGAGCGGAGACCCUGGAAGAUCUGGUUCCUGGACACUUCAAAACAGGCCAUCGGGAUGCUGUUUAUCCACUUUGCUAAUGUCUACCUGUCGGACCUCACAGAGGAGGAUCCCUGCUCAUUAUACCUCAUUAACUUCCUGUUGGAUGCUUCUCUGGGUAUGCUGAUCAUCUAUGCUGGGGUGAGAGCCGUCAGUGUAAUUGUAGAGUGGAGGCAGUGGGAGUCUCUACGAUUUGGAGAAUAUGGAGAGCCAGUGCAUUGCACAGCGUGGUUGGGCCAGUGUAUCCUCUACAUCCUCAUCAUGAUGUUUGAGAAGGUCCUCAUUAUGCUCGUCCUCCUCAUACCCCAGUGGAAGCAGCUGGCACUCCUAAACCCCAUACAGAAUCCUGCCCUGGAACUGGCCAUCGUAAUGCUCAUCGUCCCAUUCUUCGUUAACGCUCUCAUGUUCUGGGUAGUAGAUAAUUUUCUGAUGAAGAAGCACAGGACAAAAGCAAAACUAGAGGAAAGAGAGGAGGACUCGCGGGGGAACAGCAAGGUGCGCUACAGACGAGCUCUGUCCCAUGAUGAUUCCGAAUCGGAGAUCCUUUUUUCAGCCGAUGAUGAAAUGGAUGAGUCAGAUGAGGAUGACGUGCGACGGCUCACUGGCCUGAAGACAGUCAAGAAGAAGAAGCUUCGAAUGGGGAUCCCUGUUUGACCCGUGUGCCUAGCUACACUGCUACAAUAAACUUCCUCUGGUAGCUUGUCACAGGCCAGCAAAAAGUUUCCCUGUACCUCCAUAGAUACUGUCUCUGUCGUUCAACAUUAGGAUGCCUUUCGAUGAAAGCAGAGAAUACUGUUACUGAAUUCCCUUUACUUCUGACUCCUGGAGGACCCCUGCUCGAACUGACAAGACUAGGGAUUUACUUUAACACACCGGGACAACUUUUUUUUUUUUGCAGUUCACCAGGUACCUCAGAACACUGUUGGAUUUCAACUUGGCACUCAUGAGGCGAGUGUUAUGUUUAAAGACAGUAGGAAAUCUUGUCCCAUUAUCAAACAUUAUCUCGUGAAAAACUUAUGCAGGUGUAACAUGAAAACCUUAACACUGGUAACAUACCGUUUGGCCUGAACACAGUGUGUAGGUGCAAAAAAAAAAAAAACGGUUCAAGGUGUUGAACCUCCUAACAUUUCUUUUUAAAGUGAUUGUAUUUCCACUUGAGAUUCCACGUGAAUUUGUCCUGUGUUUUUCUCUUAUAGAAGACAGUGUGUGUAUUUGGGUUGUUGUAAGGGUGUGUACUGUUUAGAGCAGCAUUACAUCAGUGUUGAUGCAACUCUCAACCCUUCCCAGCACAGUGACACAUGUUCCUACUUCAUAUCUUGUAUGUAAUGUUACUCAUGUCUAUGGGAGCACAUUAAUGCUUGCUACAACCUUCCAUUGUUAUCUUCUGGCAGAGUGCUCUCAAUGUUAAAAAACCUAUAGGACUGCAAGCACCGCACUGCUUCAACCUCUGAUAUCAGCUCAACAAGGGUUGUUUGUCAGCACAAGACAGCAGUCUGGGUUUCUCUGUAAUGGUUUACUGAUACUUUCCAAUUGUUGGUUCUUUGUCUUUUAAUGUCUUCUGUCCCAAUGAGGUAGUUAGUUUGUUUUAUAUAUAAGUUUUGAGUGUUAUGUUUGGGCCAAAAAGGAGACUAUGCUUUUUCCAAAAGUGUUCUUGAUUCCUUCACUCCAAGAGGGAGAGUGGAUAUGAGAAACAUUUCUUGCACAAUUUCUCAUUUAUCACUACUUUUGUCUUUCCUUUUGUUCUUGUGUGUUAUUAUUGUUGUAACAAUAAUGUGCCUGAGUUAAAUGACCAGCAAGUGUUUUUUGUGUUUGUGGUUCAUGUAGGUUUUGUUUGUUUGUUUUCUUUUUAUCCAGAGCUCCAGAUUUUCAGGCAUGAUGCAGCAUUCAGCAGGCUCUGAUGUUAAGAAUGUGACCUGCAUAGACCUCUAAACUGUUAAGUGACUGUGGACCAGACAGUUGGGAGAAAGUGUGUGUGUGUACGUGCACAAGUGUGUGUGUGUGUGUGUGUGUGUGUGUGUAUAUAUACACACCUGAAUGCAGCGUGGUCUGAUUGAAGCAUGUGUUCACGUGUGAUUAAUAUGUGCGACUGUUGGUCUUCUUUUGAGUAAAUGCGGAGUGACAUAAACUGAGUUGAUUAUGGACCUGGUGAUGAUUUCAUUAUAAUGUUUUGGCAUGUUGGUAAGGAAUAAAUGACUGCAUUUGAAAGGAGGAAAGCAGGGAAUUUGGCUGCAAAAAUGUAUGUUACAUCUCAGCUUAAGCAGGACAAAGAGGGCUUUUAGUAUGCAAAGUUAAACUAGAUAAAUACAAAUUAUGGAGGUAAAUUAUAAUUAUUUGGCUUUUCCAAUAAAGGAUGUGAUACACUACAA